UCAAGCGGGCAACAGCCGUUUAAUGAGGACAGAGAGAAAGGUGCAAUAUGCAAUAUGAUACUUUCUCACUGUCUUCACUGCAAUCCCCAUACCUGGGAAACGGUGGGCCCAGCUUUGAAAACUGCGUUGCUUCAAACCCAGCUCUCUACCAGCAGACAGCCUCCUUCAACAGGCUCAUCGCAUUCCUGGGUCAGUGAAUAUCGGAAAUUCAGAAACCUCGUAAGUCAGUGUUAAUUUGAAAGGAAAUUUGCUAAAUGGGCAGCAUCACCGUGGCAGGAGACUCUGAAGUCUGAACCAGGGCCAUGGAGGGCUCUGUGCUGAGCCCCACGUCCUGGGAGAAGCGACGGGCCUGGCUCCGUCAGAGCCGGCACUGGCAGACCCAGGUCCUGGAAGAGGAGGCUGCAGCUGCCCUGCAGGAUGUCCCAGAUCCUGAGCCUUCCAGCCUGGAUGACGUUUUCCAGGAAGGGAAUCCAAUCACUAAGAUUGAAGACUGGCUGCAGGACUGUGGAUACUCUGAAGAAGGGUUUUUUGAGGAAGUCGGACAUUCAAUCUAUAAUGGGUGCCCCAGCCAUGGAACCAGCUUUGAAGAUGAUUUGACCCUUGGAGCAGAGGCCACACUGUUGGCCACCAACGGCAAACUCUUCUCCAGGAGUUUCCUAGAGACAGCCCGACCCUACCAGCUACUAGAUCUUGGCUGCAGUUUGGCUUCCAGCAGCAUGACUGGUGGGACCAACAAGACUAGUUCAAGCAUCUCUGAGAUUCUGGACAAGGUGCAAGAAGAUGCUGAAGAUGUCCUCUUCAGUCUGGGCUUUGGUCAGGAGGACCACAAAGACACUUCUCGGAUUCCUGCCCGAUUUUUCGCUAACCCCUCCCAAGCCAGAGGCAUUGAUUUCCAGCUCUUUCUGAAGGCCCAGGUGCAGAGGAUCGAAAUGGAGGACCCUUGCCUCAUGCUGGCCAGCAGGUUUAAGCAGGUGCAAACAUUGGCUGUCACUGCUGAUGCUUUCUUCUGUCUCUACUCCUAUGUGUCUAAGACACCUGUCCAAAAGUUCACACCAUCACACAUGUUCUGGAAUUGCAACCCCACCGAUGUGCCAUCCAUCAAGAUUCUGGCCCCGGAACCUGAACUUCACUCACCCAGAGAGCGCCUCCGGAAAGCCAUCUCCAAAAUGUGCCUGUAUACAUGCCCCCGAGUUCGGUUAUCACCACCCCACCAUACCCCCAAAAGAAACAGUUUGGACCAAGUGGUGUGGGAAGUGAUGGACAGAGUGAGAGGAGAGAAGCUGGUUCUUCACCAAGACCCUGAGUUUGGGCCAGGUUCACAGAAAGGUCCUGUGCACCCCAUCAGAGGUACAACGCUGCCUACUUCUUCUUGUUCAUGUGACCUCUGCCCUAAAGAGGAAACACAGCAGGGGAUGUCCACAGAGCAUGCGCCAUCACAAAUUCUGUACUCUAACCCCAAGACACCCUGUUGCACACAUUCUAUGCCCAGAGCAGAUCUACAGUUGAGCACAGAACCUGCACAGGUAAAGAGAGAGUGGUGGGGCCUACAGGCCACCAAUAAGGAAGUCCACUUGGUCAAGGAUGAGACUUUCUGGCAAAGGAAAAGCAAAGCAAGAAAGAGCCUCUUUCAGAACAAUCCCACAGUCAGGAAAGUUAAAUCAUUGGAUCUGUCCAUCAUCCAGCAGAAGUGGAAGCAGAGCCAACAGAGGCCGGCACUGCACCGAUCUCUAACCCAGCAGCUGCGGGACACUUUUGACUUGGAGGAGGUGCAAAGCAACAGUGAGGAGGAAGAGACCCGCUGGGCCAGCAGACCCAGGCCCCCUGAUCUCUACCAGACUCUUACAGGCAAAGACACAAGAAGCUUUUUGCACCAUCACAACAGCACAUGUUCUGACAGCAGUGGCUUCAUAGAAGAGCCAAAUUCCCAUCUCUUUUUGCAGGAGGUGGUACUGCCUCCAAUAUCCAGCUCCUGCUCCCAAGCCCUACAAACUCCUGAACUCAGUAGGGAAAAGGCAGCAUGGUACGCUGAAAAGCAGAGCAGGCUGAGAGACUUGGAAUCUACAUCCUGAUGUUGUCAUAAGCUGCAUGCCCAGAGAAAAACCUUAGGCAAGUCUCUUCAUUUCUCUUCGUGUUUGUUUCUCUGCUAUGUGAGUGUUGGAAUAUAUGACAUGGACAAUGGUAAACUGGACAAAGACUUAAUUUUAUCCCAAGCUUUGACACAGUUAGAGGGUCAAAGGAUGAUGAAGUUUGAGAAACAAGGGUUGCUGCUGGAAUGCUCUCAAAGGGCUCAAGCUAAGUGAGGAAGGAAAAAUCCCACUUUCAGACUCUGAAACCGUGGUGCAACCUGCAGUGAGAUUCCCUUUGAGCUUCUCCUCAUCUUGAUGUGCUCCCAAUUAAACGCCAGAAUGUCUUCCACAACAUCAGAAUCCUGUUUUUCUUCUUGAGGCCUCGUCCAAGGAGAUCCACUUGCAGCCUCCCCUUAAAACCAGCUUCUCCCUCUAUCCCAAAUUUUGAUUCUUCAGAGGAAGAGAUGAGUGGGAUUCAGUCUCUCUUCUUGACCACUGCAAACAAAUUUACGGUGUUUUCUG